AUGAGCGUUCAUUUCCAGCUAAGUGCUAAACAACAGCAACUCACUCUACUGCUUAUAGGCUUCUACAGUUGCACAGUGCACGAACUAGAAGAAGCAGAUGCACUACUGCUCAACCAACGCCAGAUGCUAAUGUUACAACGUAAUGUCGUACAGGGCACAUGCACCAAACUACUGCAGGGAGAUAGAGACUCUUGCAUCUUAAAUCCAAAUGAACAUAAUGGAGCACAGAUUGAAAAGAUUGAUCACUACCGAUGGGCACAGCAUUUGGCCAUCGACCUAUCCUCUCUCUGCAGAUACUUGCUCUGUAGCAGAGGUUCCCAGACAGGGACAUCUGCAGAACACCCGCUCUAUGCGCAACACUUCCAUGACAAAGUGACAACCAUGUCUAAUCAGCUUCCAAUCGUACAAAAGCAAAUUACUCCAGAUUAUGAGAAGUACAACCUGCUGCAAAAGCAAGAGAUUAGUACUAGCAAAAAUCAUGAGGACAUCACAAAAAGUACUAUUCAGCCCUGGAUACUCAACAAGCUUCAGACCUUGUAA